UGCUGAGUCAUGUUUAACAAGCCCCUAUCUCCUUCAAGUUUACAUUUACGCUCUCCUUUCACCAAGAUCCCUUGCACCUUCAUAAUGGCGACCAAGUCCGAUCACAGCACACCUCCGUCAUACCACUCAAUUCCUACGUCCGAAUUACCAGCGGACUCCAUCCAAUCCAAAAAACCAUCUGUUUUCUCGUUUCCCAAGAUGUGUUGCGAGACACCUACCUUGGACAAACCAGAUUCCGUCCUAUCUUGCAUCUGUGAUCUUGUCUCUGCUCCAGAUUUCACCCCUUCCUCUGCCACCGAAAUCGUUAAUGCCUGCGCUGCAGCUCUUCCCUCCACAGAGUUUUCCGACUUCCUGCAAACAUCCAAUAUCGAGGGUCACACAGCGCUAUAUUGGGCAAUUGUGAAUGACAAACUAGAAGUCCUUUCGAUGUUUGCUGAAUUCAUCUCUGAAUUCUCGUCUAAUUGCCGCUCCGACUUGCGCCUCGCGUGCAUGACCACUAACAACCAAGUGUUGUUUGCACAGCUGAGUCUGGGACAUAUCAAUGCCAAGGACAAGCUUUUGAGACACACUCAAUUGGGUUGUCCGCUAGAUGAGAUUCAGGUGCAUGGAGGGGACACCAGUAAAUUGGACCACAACCAGUUACAGUUCGUUGCAUCUUUCCGCAUCAGGAUGUUCCAGAAACGUCUGCGCAUCACGCACCACCUAAAGUAUGAGUUUGUUGCAGGCGGACGUAUAUGGCGGCUCCACUUUUGUGUGGACGAUAAGUGGAAAUGGAUCGUCGGGUUUGGUCUUUCUUCACCUAGCCUUCCGGCUUGUCCAAAAGCUACAUUCUCGAUAGAAGCUCACCACAGAAAGAAAGGGGAACUUGGCCAAGAAACACUCCCUCAAGAGCUCAGAUUCACGGAUUCAAAAUUCAAAGAGACACAUAUACCAAAUGUCACAUCUGAGGAUAAACAAAAAUACCUUGGCAAAGUAGCUGGCACUCCAUUUACCAGCACUACAUGGCAGUUGGGCGAUUGGGUGAUGUACGACAAUCCCGUAUAUGUAGACUGCGAAGGCACUUUACACGCGAAGCUGGAGAUGAGAUUCAUGAAUAAAUAGCUUGUUAACUUUGAUUACUAACAUUUGACGACGG